CCAUCGCAUCGAUGAUUAUUUCGGCAGGCCAUCAACGAUGCCAAUGAAGACUUGCCGGACAUCGGCGAGCGUGCCAUUCUCCGAGUUGCCCGUUUGAUCAAGGAGCACAUGCCGAAUCUCCGGCGUUCAGCUCACAUCUUCCUACAAAGUGUCUGAACAGCGACUACAACAUUCGUAGCACCAAAGCCCAUUAAACGCUUAAGUUUCUCUUCCUCACGCUGACUGCUGGACUGCUUGAGUGACUUCUCGCCAACUUCAAGAUCAGCCGAGAGUCAUGGCACAGCCAAUGCAAGUUGCAACGCUCACCACUGGCUGGUCCUUCAAACAAACAGAUACUGAGGACUGGCUCGACGUCGCAAGAGUGCCCACGAAUGUGCACUUGGACCUGCUAGAUCAGAAGAAAAUUGAAGACCCUUUCCUUGGCUUCAACGAGCUGAAAUGCGAAUGGGUUGGGGAGAAAUCAUGGACGUACAAGGUCUCCCUACCUGAAGUCUCCAAAGCUCAACCAGGCACAAAGCACGUCCUCGCAUUCGAUGGACUUGACACGUUUGCCACCGUCAAACUCGGCGGUAAGACGAUACUGGAGAGCGACAACAUGUGGAUUGUCCACCGGGUAGAUGUGACUGAUGACUUAAAGCCGGACCGAGACAAUGUGCUCGAGAUUGAGUUUAAGUCAGCACUAUUGGAAGCUCGAAAGAUCAAAGAUGCACAUCCCGAGCACAAGUGGGUUGGCUUCAAUGGCGACAUGGCUCGCUUGGCAGUCCGCAAGGCACAGUACCACUGGGGUUGGGAUUGGGGUCCGGUGCUGAUGACCUGCGGUCCAUGGCGACAGGUCCGACUUGAGACGUAUCAAGCCCGAGUUGCAGACUUGCGAGUCGACUAUGAUGUGGACGCAAACUUCAGGAAGGUCAGCGGGUCUAUUACUGCUCACGUUGAGGGUCAUUCCGGACAAGCAGUCAACUUUGAAGCCAAAUUUGGCGGCGAAAUCGUCUUCAUGGGUACUGCAGAAGUGGACGACAAGGGCCAAGCGAAGGUGGAGUUCCACAUCAAAGAGCCCAAGCUGUGGUACCCUCACGGCUACGGAGAGCAGCCACUAUACGACAUCACUGCAACGGUCACAUCUGGCGAGCAUGCCCUGCAUUCUGUUUCCAGGCGCACCGGGUUCCGCAAGGGAGAGCUCAUCCAAGAGCCAGACGAGAUUGGGAAGACGUUCUUCUUCCGAAUCAACGGCAUUGAUGUGUUCUGCGGAGGAUCGGACUGGAUCCCUGCCGAUAGCUUCACACCUCGGGUCAAUGAAGAGAAGUACCGCAAGUGGCUGCAGACGAUGGUCGACGGCUACCAAGUCAUGAUUCGCAUUUGGGGAGGCGGGAUCUGGGAAGAAGACUGCUUCUACGAUAUCGCUGACGAGCUGGGCGUUCUAGUGUGGCAGGACUUCAUGUUUGGCUGUGGCAACUAUCCUACCUUCCCUGAGACACUCAAGUCGAUCGAGGAGGAGUGCGUCUGUCAGACGAAAAGGUUGCGACAUCAUCCCUCCAUUGUCAUCUAUGCCGGCAACAACGAGGACUAUCAAGUGCAGGAGCAGUGCGGUCUGACAUACGAUUAUGAAGACAAGGAUCCUCAGAGUUGGCUGAAGACUGACUUUCCGGCUCGCUACAUCUACGAGAAGUUGUUGCCGGAUGUGGUGGCCGCUCACACACCGCACGUACCGUACCACCCAGGAUCUCCUUGGGGAGAUGGUAAGCCAACGACAGAUACAACGGUCGGAGAUAUGCAUCAAUGGAAUGUAUGGCACGGUACUCAAGAGAAAUACCAGAUCUUUGACACUCUCGGCGGACGAUUCAAUAGCGAGUUCGGCAUGGAAGCAUUUCCGCAUAUCGAGACAAUCAAACACUUCGUCACGGAUCCGACGCAACUGUAUCCGCAGAGCCACAUGAUUGACUUUCACAAUAAGGCCGACGGCCACGAACGAAGAAUCGCAACAUACCUGGUGGAGAACUUCCGGACAGAAACAGAUCUCGAGAAGUUUAUCCAUCUUACUCAGCUGAGCCAAGCUGAAGCCUUGAUGUUUGGCUAUCGAGGCUGGCGGCGGCAAUGGGGACAGAAGAGGUUCUGCGGAGGUGCACUCUUGUGGCAGCUCAAUGACUGCUGGGGUGUAAUUUCCUGGAGUAUUGUGGACUAUUUUCUCCGCAAAAAGCCUGCAUAUUAUGCGGUGCGUCGGGUCCUUGCGCCGAUAGCAGUGGCUGUGAAGAGGGCUCACCACGAUUGGAGUGUCGUGCAUGCGAGACCUGCCAAAAGUCUCGACUACGAGUGCUGGGUAGCCAGCUUCAAGACGACUGAAGUCACUGCCACGGUUGAGCUGCGCUACAUCAGCAUAGCCACUGGAAAGGAGAUCAAAGACAAGGUCGUCAAGAAGGAUAUCAAGAUUGUUGCCAACGGCACUACCGACGUUCUCAAGGGCACGAUCGACAACGUCAACGAGGAAGCACAUGUUCUCGCAGCGAGGAUAUGGGUGAAUGGAGAGAUCGUUUCUCGAGAUGUGGACUGGCCGCAGCCACUGAAGUAUCUCGACCUCAGCGAUCGAGGUGUGGAGGUUCAGUCAGAGGGUAACACCAUCACUCUCAGUGCACAAAAGCCAACGAAAGGUCUCGUCUUUGAGGAGAGGGAAGGGGUCCUCGUGAACGACAGUGCGAUCGAUAUCGUCCCGGGUGACGAACAACUCGUUCAGGUUCGUGGCCUUGGUCCCAAUGAUCCAAGUCUGAGAUGGACUUACCUUGGAAAGCCUUGA